GCCUCGGCCCCAAGCCGAGCCGAGGCCGCAGCCGGGGCGGCGGGAGCGGCGGGCGCGCGGUGGCCGGGCUCAAUGGCGCCGGCGGUGGCCGCCUGAUUGGUGCGCAGCGGCGGGCGGCCGGAGCGGGCCGCGGCUCUUCGUCGCCAUGGGGGACGUGGUGUCCACGCACCUGGACGACGCCCGGCGUCAGCAGAUCGCAGAGAGGACUGGGAAGGUGGUGAGCGAGUUCCUCCGCUUCUAUGAGGACCAGUAUGGUGUGGCGCUCUUCAACAGCAUGCGCCACGAGAUUGAAGGCACGGGCCCACCGCAGGCCCAGCUACUCUGGCGCAAGGUGCCACUGGAAGAGCGGGUCAUCUUCUCCGGGAACCUCUUCCAGUACCAGGAGGACAGCAAGAAAUGGCGGAACCGCUUCAGCCUUGUGCCCCACAACUAUGGGCUGGUGUUGUAUGAGAACAAAGUGGCCUAUGAACGGCAGGUACCACCCCGAGCCAUCAUCAACAGCGCUGGCUACAAAAUCCUCACCUCCAUGGACCAGUACCUGGAGCUUGUGGGCAAUUCCUUACCAGGGAUCACGUCCAAAUCUGGCACCGCCCCCAUUCUGAAGUGCCCCACCCAGUUCCCGCUAAUUCUCUGGCACCCUUAUGCCCGUCACUACUACUUCUGCAUGAUGACGGAAGCUGAGCAAGACAAGUGGCAGGCCGUGCUGCAGGAUUGCGUGCGCCAUUGCAACAACGGCAUCCCUGAGGACUCCAAGGUGGAGGGCCCAGCAUUCACAGACGCCAUCCGUAUGUACCGCCAGUCGAAGGAGCUGUACGGCACCUGGGAGCUGCUGUGUGGGAAUGAGGUGCAGAUCCUGAGCAACCUGGUACUGGAGGAGCUGGGUCCUGAGCUGAAGGCGGAGCUCGCCCCACGGCUGAAGGGGAAACCGCAGGAGCGGCAGCGGCAAUGGAUUCAGAUCUCGGAUGCCGUGUACCGCAUGGUGUACGAGCAGGCCAAGGCAAGCUUUGAGGUUGUGCUGGCCAAGCUGCAGCAGGCCCGACCGGCCAUGGAGGCUGUCAUCCGCACUGACAUGGACCAGGUCAUCACCUCCAAGGAGCACUUGGCCAGCAAGAUCCGAGCCUUCAUUCUCCCCAAGGCGGAGGUGUGUGUGCGGAAUCACGUCCAGCCCUACAUCCCAUCCAUCCUGGAGGCUCUUAUGGUGCCCACCAGCCAGGGCUUCACCGAGGUGCGCGACGUCUUCUUCAAGGAGGUCACAGACAUGAACCUGAACGUCAUCAAUGAGGGUGGUAUCGACAAAUUGGGCGAGUACAUGGAGAAGCUGUCGCAGCUGGCCUACCACCCCCUGAAGAUGCACAGCUGCUAUGAGAAGAUGGAGCCGCUGCGGCUGGACGGGCUGCAGCAGCGCUUCGACGUGUCCAGCACAGCUGUGUUCAAGCAGCGAGCGCAGAUCCACAUGCGGGAGCAAAUGGACAACGCUGUGUACACCUUCGAGACCCUCCUGCACCAGGAGCUGGGCAAGGGGCCCACCAAGGAGGAGCUCUGCAAGGCCAUCCAGCGCAUCCUGGAGCGCGUGCUCAAGAAAUAUGACUAUGACAGCAGCACAGUGCGCAAAAAGUUCUUCCGCGAGGCCCUGCUGCAGAUUGCCAUCCCCUUCCUGCUGAAGAAGCUGGCACCCACCUGCAAGUCGGAACUGCCACGGUUCCAGGAGCUGAUCUUUGAGGACUUCGCCCGUUUCAUCCUGGUGGAAAAUACAUAUGAGGAGGUGGUGCUGCAGACGGUCUUGAAGGACAUCCUGCAGGCCGUGAAGGAGGCCGCGGUGCAGAGGAAACACAACCUGUACCGGGAUAGCAUGGUCAUGCACAACAGCGACCCCAACCUGCACCUGCUGGCUGAGGGCGCGCCCAUCGACUGGGGCGAGGAGUACGGCGAUGGUGGCGGCAGCCCUGGAGCCGAUGGCAUCCCAGAAUCAGCCACACUCUCGGAGAAGCGGCGGCGUGCCAAGCAGGUGGUCUCCGUGGUCCAAGAUGAGGAGGCGGGGUUGCCCUUCGAGGCUGGCUCUGAGCCAGUGACCCCUGUGUCCCCGGACAGUGUCACUGAGCUCCGUGGCCUGUUGGCCCGGGAUUUGCAGGCUGAAAGUCCCCCACCAGCCAGCCCCCUGCCCAACGGGGCCCCUGCCCAGGAGAGCCCUCAACCCACAGUGGCCCCCGAGGCCUCCUCCCCACCCCCCUCACCCCCUGACCAUCUGCCAACUGGGAAGGCUGUGGACUCUGAUCCCCCCAAGCCCAGCGACCAGGAGACGGGUGAGCAGGUGGCCAGUCCUGGCAGCUGCCCCCCUAUCCACACCACCACGGAAGACAGUACCGUGGUGCAGACUGAGUUCUAAGUUGAUGACCCCCAAAACUUCUGUUGGACAUAACCUCGGGGCGGCAUGGGGGGCGCCCUCUGCAAGGCACUGGCAGCUCGGGGGAGGGGAGCCCCACUCUGUGCCUUGUGGGUGAGGCAGGGCGGGGCACCCACAGCCCCUCUCAAGGGUGCAGCCCCCUUUCUCUGCUCCACUCGCUCUUUGGGAUGAUCUUGGAUGCAGGGUCUGGGUUUUGGGUUUUCCUCCUUGUGCUGGGAGCCGAGGACACCUCUUUUUACUCCACGGCUCCUCCCUCACGGGUCUUACCAUCCUUCCUGGAGGAGGCAGAUAGAAGCAUCUGGAAGUCUGUGCAGUUGGCAGGCAGGAGGUAGAGGACGGGCCAUGGCACACCACCCCUCCCUCCCCUGCUGUAUCAACUGUCCCAGCUGGGCCAGGGUCAGAUUCAGGGUUGAAGAGGGCUCGGCCAGGGUCUGGGUCCCUGGGUGCCUCACAGAGGGAGUGCAGCAGUGGGGUGGGGGGAGGGCUGAGCUGAGCUGAGGCUGGCUGGGCAUGUGCUGGUCUGUGGCAGGAAGUGUCCUGAUGGCCUCUGGGUGGAUGUCGGAGCAUGAGUGAGCCCGAGGGGGAUCUAGAGUAGCAGCCUCGCACACGCCCCUCCAUCUCUCCCUGCCCAGCCUGGCCCUUCCCCACUCUGUUCCU